GGAUUGGGCUAAUGGGUUUAGGCCCAUAUUAAAAUAUUAAAAUUAAAAUAAAUUUUUGCAUCAUAUUUUGAUUGAUGGACUGACGUGUCUCACGAAUAUACCUCGCAAUUGCCUUGUGCUUUCUGGUUGGCCCGCAUCAGGGAAAAGAGUGAAGAAAAUUCAAAGAGUGAAGAAAAUGUCAAGAAACCAUCUUUUCUUUCCUUCAAGAAAAAUGGGUUCGUCGAGAUCAUUGCUUUUCUUCAUUAAUCUUGCUAUUAUUAUCUUAAAUCUUGUUGCUCCCACCAUAUCCCAAGAUGAUGGAAUUUGCACAUUUACAGCUGAUUACUGCUGGAAAUGCUCUGAUACUGGCACCUACACAGCAGGUGACAAGUACCAAGAGAACCUCAACAGCCUCCUCUCUUCCUUCUCCUCCUCUCUUCUUUACCUCCAUGAAGAUUCUCGGGUUCGAAUUAUUCAUCGCGAUCUCAAAGCCAGCAAUAUUUUGUUAGAUGAAGAUAUGAACCCCAAAAUUGCUGAUUUUGGAAUGGCGAGAUUGUUUGUUAUUGAUCAAACUCAAGGAGAUACAAAGACAGUUAGGGGAACCUAUGGAUAUAUGGCUCCUGAGUAUGUAAUUCAUGGUCGCUUUUCUGUCAAAACGGAUGUCUUCAGUUUUGGGGUGUUAGUUCUUGAAAUUGUAAGCGGUAAAAAGACUGGUAGUUUCCGAUAUGGCGAGAAUGAAGAGGACCUAUUAACCUAUGCCUGGAGAAAUUGGAGGGAGGAUACAAUUCAAAACAUCAUAGAUCCCGUGUUGACGACAAGUUCACAAAUCGAAACGAUGAGAUGCAUCCACAUUGGUUUACUGUGUGUGCAAGAGAAUGGGGUGGACAGGCCAACCGUAGCUUCAGUUGUAUCCAUGCUUAACAGCGAGUCUCUCGCACUUCCAGUACCCUCACAACCUGCAUUCUAUAUGCAUCACAACACUGGAUCAGACAUAUCUGGACUGACAGAGUCAGACCAAUCCAAAAGCCUCUCUGUCCAUGUCACAGAAAAUGACCCUUCAAAUAUUACUGAAGCAUAUCCUCACUAAUGGUCGAGUACCAACCAUUCUGUAACAAAUUUAGGCUUUAAAUUUUGGUUUAUUUACUAUGUUAGGACUCAAGUUUAGUUGGUGUCUUCUUGCUUCAAGUUGGUAUACUCAUCGUUAAUAAAAUGGCUUCCCGUAGGUUCA